AUGUUUUCCAUGAUGUUGCGCGCCGUCCACGGCAAGAAACGGCCCGCCGGAAACGAGCUGCUUUCCCCCAUGGACGCCAACCCAGACCUGGCCAUGGACCCUGACUUGCACCCUGGCUUGGAUCCUCACUUGGAUCCUCACUUGGAUCCUCACUUGGACCCUCACCUGGGCGCGGACACGCGCACCUUUCCUCGGAUGUCGGUAGAAGUGGACGACGAGCAUCUAGACAGUCAGGGACCAUCGCCAGGCUCGGCCUAUGCUCACCUCCGGCAUGCCACCGCCGAUUUCACAGAAGCUGAUGACGACGACGACGAAGACGAUGACGACGAUGACGACGGCAUACAUGGCGGGCGUCGUCGCGGCGAUCUGCCACCCGACGAAGACGGCCGCCGCGCCUCACACGUGCUCCCGCUCUUCUCCGCCUCGCACCUCGACGCCCUUCCCGUCUACAGCAUCGUCCAUGCCAUGCGCAUCAUCGUCCAGGCACGCACCGAGACCACCCUCACCUGGGAACAGCUGCGGUCCCCGCAAGUCUCCCAGUUCCUGGUCAAGCCCAUGCAGCAGCAGAUCCGCGCCCAGCACUUCUCCCGGGCCACCCUCUACGCCCUCAUGGCCAACUGCCUGCAGUUCGCCAAGGAGGCCCAGUUCUUCCCGGGCAACGCCGGCACCAGCAACACCCGCGCCAAGGUCUGCGAGCUGCUCGCCAUCAAGCUGCUCAAGGAGUACACCACCCGCGAGCUCAUCGAUGCCUUGUCCUACGAUUUCAACCCGCUGCAAGGCAUCCCGGGCGCCGGUGCUGCUGCUGCCGCUGCUGCUGCCGCCACCGGCCCCGGCGUCGCCGCCCGCCCGCUCUCCCCGCACCACACGUCGUCGGUCGGCCUGUCCUCGGCCCGGCCCGGCUCCGCACCCGCCGCGCGCAUCUCGACGCUCGAGGUCGCCAUCCGCGCGUCGGCCAAGCAUUUCUUGGCCCACCCACUCGUCGUGCAGCAUCUCGAGGCCAUCUGGAACGGCGCCAUCAGCUUCUACUCGUCGGCCGACCAGCUGCACCGCAGCAACAGCCACAACGGCAAGGCCCCGGCGGUGGCGGUCGCGGCCGCGUCACAUCGGCACAACGCACAGCGCAGCGGCCACUACAGCAACUACAACUACGGCAACUACAGCAACGCUGGCCGCCGCAACAGCGCCAAUGACCAGCGGACGCCGCUCCUCGGCCGUAGCCACCCGGUCAAAGAGGAGCCAACACGGCCACAGCAUGCCCGGCCCACACCACCCCCGCUCCACCGCCGCACGGUCACGCUCUACGACCCGCGCAACGCCUCGCUGUUCAAGCUGUCGCGCCUGCGCGUGCCCCGCUACCGCCAGUUUCUGUCGACGUGCUCGCUCGCCAUCCUGAUCGGCCUGUUCUUGUCCGUCCUCGCGCAGCACUCGAGCCGCAUCACCACCCUCGAGCUGGUCUUUUGGUUCUGGAGCGCCGGUUUCAUGCUCGACGAGCUCGUCGGCUUCAACGAGCAGGGCUUCUCGCUCUACAUGAUGAGCUUCUGGAACAUCUUUGAUCUGGGCAUUCUGCUGCUGCUCAUCUUUUACUACUCGCUGCGCAUCUGCGGCGUCUUCCUCGCCGACGCUCAGCGCUGGAACAACAGCGCCUACGACAUCCUGGCGGCCAACGCCAUCCUGCUGCUGCCGCGCAUCUUCAGCGUCCUCGACCACUCCCGGUACUUUUCGCAGCUGCUCAUCGCCUUCCGCCUCAUGGCCGUCGACCUGGCCGCCGUCUUUGUGCUGAUCCUCGUGUCGUGCUCCGGCUUCUUUGUCUUUUUUACGCUGUCCGACACCGAGAACGCGCCGGCCGACGUCGCCUACAUGAUCUUCCAGCUGCUCAUGGGCUUCACGCCGGCCGCCUGGGACGCCUGGCCGACGUACAACGUGCUGGGCAAGACGCUGCUCGUGCUCUUCCUCAUCAUCUGCCACUUUGUCGUCGUGACCAUCCUCAUCACCGUCCUGACCAACUCGUUCAUGGCCAUUGCGUCCAAUGCCAACGAAGAGCACCAGUUCUUGUUUGCCAUCAACACCAUCUCCAUGGUCAAGAACGACGCCCUCUUCUCCUACGUUGCGCCCACCAACAUCUUUGCCUGGAUGCUCAUGCCCCUGCGCUACUGCAUGCCCCUGCACCACUUUGUCGCCCUCAACCGCCUCGUCAUCAAGGCCACCCACUUCCCGCUGCUCUUCAGCAUCUUUGUCUACGAAACAUUCUUUCUUGCCCCCUAUGUGUACGAGCCGACGGACCUCAUCGACAACCACGGCCACGGCCGCCGCCCCGCGCGCCACCGCGGCAUUUCGUUUGCGGACCCCCACGGCCGCCCCGUUCUCUUCAGCCCCAGCAUCCGGCUCCGGGAAGAGUCGGUGGCGGGCUACCAAAAAGACCGCGCCCUCGACGAGGUCUUCCGCCGCACCCCGGACAUUGCCACCCUGCGCACGCAGCGCCGCAACGAGCGCCGCAAGACCCAGACGGCCAUCCGCCACUGGAUGGACCAGCACGACGGCACGCCGUACUCGACCCUGGACAAGCGCGGCGGUGGCGGCGGCGACGGCGGCGGUGCUGCUGGCGGCGGGGCCGGCACCGACCACGAGUGGCAGCGGCGCAUGAGCAUCCACCACUUUGGCACCGCCGCCUCGCGGUUCCGGCACAUGUCCGAGGUGCGGUCGACCGCCAGCGACCCGGCCGACCUGAUGUCGGUGUCGGCCAUGCCCGGCCUGGCGCGGGACGUGCGGGACGUGCGCACGUUCGGCAUGCUCGGCAUGCACCCCUACCCGCCGCAACGGAGCCCCUUUGAGGCGGCCUUCAAGGACCACACAGACGCCGAGGGCGACGACGAGCUGGUCACCAACGACGACGACGACGAAGACGAGGUGACCAACACGGGCGGCCAGGGCCUGACGCCGACGCACUCGCGGGCGGCGAUGCUGUCGCGACAGAGUGGACGCGAUGGCGAAGACGAUGUGGGCAACGAAGUGGACAACGACGACGACGAUGACAACGACGACGACGAUGGUGACGACAAUCCGACAAACGACGAGGCGGGGGACGGCAACGAGGACGACGACGGUGGCGACUUUUUUGCGACGCCCGUGGCGUCGCGGUUCCUCCACGUUGCGGCACGGUCGCCCGAGUCGUCCAAGGCGAUGGACGAGGACGACAACGAAAACGACGGCGACGAGGUGGACGCGGGCGGGGGCGCAGGCCCAGGCCCCGGCGCGACCGGGCCGUCUCCGGCCAGCCCCCGCCGCAUCGGCAACAUUUCUAGCGCCACGAGCCCGCCCAAGCCCCGGCCCAGCUCGCCACGCCGCGCGAUGCACUCCCGCGCCCUCUCGAGCAACACCAUUCUAUACAACCCGCCCAAUGCAGACCCGGUCCCCGUCCCCGGCAGCAACGACGUGGGGAGCGAUGCCAGCGACGUCAUCCUAGGCCUGCGCCAGUCACCCGGGGGACUCUUCUUUUCACCGUCGCCCACACCUGGCCACCACCAUCAACAAAAACAGCACCAGCACCAGCACCAGCAGCAACAGCAGCAGUCGUCGUCGUCGUCUCGGCCACGGCCACGCUCGAGCCGCCACAACACAUCGGCCGUGGCGCCGCCGGGUACGCCCCCGACCACUGCCGGCCAGCGCUCGCCGCGCAAACCCAACCAGGGAGUCCCGCAGGCCACCCAUCCGACAACGUCCGGCACCCGCCCCCGCCCCAUCCUGCCGCCCCGCGCACCCACCCAGCCGUCCUCGGCCGCCAGUCGCGCCGUCGCCGCCCUCAUUGACAGCCCCGCCCGCCGUCUGCAGCAGCGCCGCUUGUCGUCGCUGGACAUGGGCUCGGACGAUGUCGAUGCCGGUGUGUCGGCCUCGGGUCUGCUCUCCGAGUCCGCCGUCGGCCCGCCCCUCGGCGCCCCCGACGUCGUCCUGCCGGGCAGCUUCGCCUCCCAGCUCGCCCUCGCCACCGCCAUGAACAACGCCCGCGCCGUGGGCGAGACCGACCGCGACCGCGACCGCGACCGCAUGAGCCGCCUGGUGCUGGCGCGCAUGAAGACGCUCGAGGAGAGCUUUACCGACGUCGUUCACGAGCUGCGGUCGCUCCAGAAGCAGCAGCAGCAGACGCUGGUGAGCGCCAGCGGACGCACCAGCGCCGCCGUGAGCGGGCACGCCAGUGCCGUCGUGUCGAGCUCCGAGGGCGAGACGGGCCAAGAACGGCACGGUGCCUCGCAGGCCCCACACGCCCGGCACGAGACGCUGCGAGCGGGCCCGCCCCUGUCGCGCAUGCCCACGGUCCUCGGCCCGUCGGUGCCGUCGGUGCCGUCGGCGCCAUCAACGGCCGUGCAUCCCCCAACACCAACACCCCAGACAACCGGUCCCGCCGCCGGCAGCGGCAGCGGCAGCGGCAACAACACUCCCAAGAGCCCCACCGGCAGCCGCAUCCCUGUGUCGGCCACACUGUCCAGCCUCGGCAUGUCGUCGCCGCCCGGUCCCGGUCCCAGUAGCCAGCUGCCCCGUGUGGCCAGUUCGGGCAUCAUUCGGCAGAUCCCACGCCCUAUUAGUGGUGCCGGAACCGGAGGUGGCGGCGGACGGGGAGGCGGUGUAGGCGGCGACAGCAACGAAGCGAGCGAGAGCCCCGGCGGUGGUCAGGACCAAAACCAGAGCCACGUGCCGCGGCCGGCCAAGGGCAAAGAAGUCGACCGGCGGGCUGCCGUCGUCUCGGACGAUGACGACAGCGAGAGCGUCUACCGGCUAUAG